UACACUUUGGUCCUGCGCUCAAAUGUGUCCUCCGCGGAAGACCUACAGCGGCUGGUUAUGAAAAGCGGCCGGAGUUAUGCAGGUGAUGGGAACUUAAUUCCAGUGUCUCUACGGACGAUUGGCCAAGACAGAAUUAACAGCAGACCCACUGAGUCAGCAACGUGCACUGAAACAGGAUGGCGUCCCCUUCACCCCACGACCGCAGCCGGAAAGAUGAGGAUGAGGAUGACCCUGUUGAACGGAUGAUAUCCCACACUGGCUGUGCCGAGCUCCACUACGCUGUGCAGGAGUGCAUGGCUGAACACCAGGACUGGCGAGCAUGCCAGAGCCAGGUUCAGACUUUUAAAGACUGCAUGAUGAAUUUCCAAAAAUCCCGGAAAGAACAGCAAAUGAGGCAGCAGUCAACCUCCACUGAGUCUGUCCCCAGCUGAACUCAUCUACCCUCUCCCACACCACCAUGUUAAGGACCUUCUUGAGUUGGAAAGACUGCAGCUAAUUUAAAUAUUUGUAAUGAAAAUAUCAAGUAGCAGAUACAAAAAAAUCCUCUCAUGGACUUUCAAGUGUAUGUUGGAGAUCCCAACUGAUAAAUGUGAUUUAUCGGCCAGUAGAUCCUUCUAGCAGACAUUUCGUAUCUGUAAUUUUUUGGCUGAUUAGUAACAAGAAAUUGGACUACAGGAUGGCUAAAGACAAGAUUGGAUAUGAAGUAAUUUAGAAACAGUGUCUUUAUUAAAUAGUUUGUCCACCAGAGAGCACUGGGAUUUUAAUUAAGUCUGAUGUAAAUGGUUUUCUCUUCUGUGUUUAUAACUUGAGAACAAGUGGAGAAAAAAAAACUGUUUUUUAAA